AUGGACACGCGCUGGCUGUCGCUCGUCUCACCAUUUCCGCCACUCUUCCCGCUUCCGCAUCCGCUACCGCAUCCAUUCACAAUUGGACCGUUCCCACGAAUUCCGCUGUUUCCUCAAAUAGCACCCUUGAUCAAAACAGACAAAUCGAAGCAGUUUUUGGUGGAACAAUUGUUACCACGCGACGAUGAGAAGCAACCUCCUUCUCCGCUUCUUCAGUUGCCAAAAGCUUUACCUCCGGUCCUUCCAGCUCAACCCCUAGAGUUUGUCAAUGGCGGCUACGGAAUGAAAAAUCCCCUUGCUACGGGAGCAAUAACGCCGAGAGACGAUACAACAGCGACAGCCAGCGAUCAUGGACAGUACAACUGUCGUGUCUGUGGUAAGAAAUUUGCACUGCAGCGUCUGCUGAAUCGACACACGAAAUGUCACUCAGAUUUAAAACGAUACUUGUGCACUUUUUGUGGGAAAGGAUUUAACGAUACGUUUGAUUUGAAACGGCAUACAAGAACUCAUACAGCGAAAAUGUUUCGGGAAAUCCAACAACAUUCGUCUUAUAAACAACACUGA